GAUUUUCCACCUCCACCCUCAGUCAGCAAGCAAGGGGGUUCUGAUGGGCGCCUCCUUGAACUCCGCCCCUUCGAUUUCAGUUUCCUGGAAGGGAACCCAACAGCUUGUGAGGGUUCUUAUGGACUUGGGCGCUGACGCCAGUUUCAUGUGCUCUACCCUGGUCAACCAACUGAAGAUUCCCACGUCACUUCUGGCCACGGCCCUCCAGACCAACGCCCUCAAUGGCACCCCUCUGGCGGAAGUCGAACAACAUCACCUCUCCUGUGGGGAACCUGGUCUCGGUGAUCAGAGGAGCAAAAAGGUAAAGGACAGAGAAUAGAGGGAGCGGUUAAGGACUGAGAAUAGAGGGAGAGAGAGGCUGAAGAUGCUGUGGCUUCUACGUGGAGUGAGGCUGCGCUACUGGCUCACCUUGGCCACAGGACUGGUGGAGAGCCUGUUUUUCACUGGGGUCAUUUAUGGGUGGGCCUCCGUGGUGUUUAUCCUGAAAGACAGUGGAUACUUCAGUGACCAGUGUGUGGAUGCCACAGGACCCAAUGGCACACAGUACAUGGACUGUAGCAAACAGGACGAGCUCUUCUCCCUGGUUUUCACUAUUGCCGCCUUCUUACAGAGUGGCCUCAGUCUUCUCAAUGGAUUCUUCUUUGACCACUUCGGUACCAUGGCAUCCAGACUGCUGGCAAUAAUACUGUACACCACUGGCACCUUGCUGAUUGCUUUUUCACAUCCAGAGAUAUCCAAUAUACUGUUUCCGGGUCUGGCCUUCAUCGCAGUUGGAAGUGACAUGCUAUUGCUCACAAACAUGCAGGUGGGGAACCUCUUUGACACCCAUCGUUCCACCGUCAUCACCUUGUAUUCUGGAGCCAACAGCUCCUCUCCCAUAAGCGUCCUCAUAAUCAAGGUGGCAUCUGAAAGAGGGAUCUCUCUGCACCAUGCUUUUUUCUUCUUGUCGGCAUGCAGCAUAAUCCACCUCAUGAGAACCUUCAUCCUCAUGCCAAAGAGGCACAUCCCCUACCCCCUCCCUGAGGGCUACACUUAUGGGUAUGAACCAGCUUCACAGGGGAAAGGGAGGCUUACAUCCACAAGGGUAGACUAG